CUCACUCUCCUCACUCCACUGUCAGCACAACUUGGAGCCAAGUGGCUGUUUGCCUUGCGUGCACUGGAGGGAUUUGGGGAGGGUGUGACUCUUCCUGCCAUGAUGGCGAUGUGGGCCCGCUGGGCUCCUCCAUUGGAGAGGGCUCGUUUGAUGACGUUCUCAGGUGCAGGCUCUAGCUUUGGUGCUUUUGUGGUUCUUCCUCUCACUGGCUUCAUCUGCCGUAGUCUGGGGUGGCCAGCAGUCUUCUACUCCUGUGGUGGUGCAGGGUGCCUUUGGGCAGUGUUUUGGUUUAUCAUGGUGUCAGAUGAACCCCGAACUCACCCAAGAAUUAGUGACAGAGAGAAACAUUACAUAAUUAACUCAAUAGGUUCACAGGGGAUGCCACAUGGUUGGUCAGUGCCUGUAUUAUCUAUGCUGUUCUCUGUGCCUGUUUGGGCCAUAAUCAUCCCCCAGAUGUGCGGUAACUGGUCUUAUUAUACUCUCCUCACCUCACUUCCUACUUACAUGGACACUGUGCUCCACUUUGAUUUGCAACAGAAUUCAGUCCUGUCUGCUCUGCCAUAUCUGGCUGACUGGCUUUUCUCAGUGGUCUCAGGUGUGCUGGCAGACAACCUCCUGGAGAGGGAGCUCCUAAGUGUCACAGCUGUCCGAAAAAUCUUUACUUUCAUUGGUCUGUUUCUACCUGCUGCUUUCCUGCUCGCUGUAGGCUUCACGGGUUGUAGCGGUGUGUUGGCCGUGACUUUUCUCACUUUUUCCAGUAUACUCGAGGGUUUCAGUGCUGCUGGUGUCUACAUUAACCAGAUUGACAUUGCUCCACGGUACGCAGGUACACUUCUAGGAAUCACAAACACUUUUGGGAUGAUCUCUGGUGUUCUUGCACCAAUUGUAGUGGGCUACUUGACCAGAGAUCACUCAGUUACAGGAUGGAGACAUGUGUUCUGGUUGUCAGCAGGGGUGAGUGCCUUUGGAGCCAUCUUUUACGUGAUCUUUGGCACUGGAAAGAUUCAGAGCUGGGCUAGGACAGAUGAGGAGUCAGACACAGAUAUACACAAUUAAACAUUCCAGUUGACCAAUUCAGCAAGAUAU